GGCCAAUCUCUUCUCUGGUACCAAGACUCCACGAGACCCAAUUGACCGAGCUUCGCUGGAAACUUCAGGCAUAUAUCUCCGAAAUGAUCAAGGAGAAAAAAGAAGAUGAUCGGCUGCAAGAGUGGAAAUCGUUGUAUAAUCAA